AUUAUUAACAAUUAAAAUUAUUAUUAUUUGUAAUGUCAAGAUUUUCUGAAUACUUGGAAACUAGCACUUUGGUCUUGGAACAACAAAAGUUUGAAAGCGACGAAAAAAAUACCUUAGAACUUACUAGAGAAGUAUCUCAGAGAUCAUCUAUAACAGUAAUCCAGCUACUAUCAUAUAUAAUAGUCAGUCUAGCUUUGUUGACUGGUGGGCUAAACAAAAGUCUAAAAUUGCAAAAUUGUAUACUUGAUUAUAAUAAAACAACAACAACAACAACAACAUUCGUAUACAUACAUCCUACAUAUUUAUUAGUCGCAAUCCUUUCGUUUUUUUUCUUCUUCUUCUAAUGAAGGCUAUUCAAUCUCGU